UGAUAGCCAAAACAACCUCGUUGCCCACGAGGAGCUUGAGCCAUUGCUGCUUAUUAUGAAAGCAUCAUGUCAUUAUAUGAACACUCCUUAUGAGAAAGAACAUCACGUGCUUGAGCCAGCAUUUUCCUCUUUUAAUUUCUAGCUAUGUCCAAGUCGUUCCCCCAUUUUCCCUUUUUUCCGCGUUAAUUUUUCUUCAAAGAAAAGAAGCUAUCAUCGUUCCCUUCAAAAAUAAUACUUUGCUAGGUUCGUUCAUUCUCGCUUCUCAACUCUUAGCUUAUGGAGUUCAUUAAUUUAUGCAUAGAGAGAUCCCAAUUUCUCCGAUUUUGAUGCAUAUAUACAAAUAGUUUACACGUCACUCAAUAACCUUUUAUUUAUUUAUUUAUUUUUAUAGCUAUUAUUUUAAGCGUAAAACAUGGCAAAGCGUUGGUGGGAUGAAGAACCACCCCACAACACUCCAACAAGCAGCACCAACGGCGACCAAGACACCAACGAUGGCGGCGAUGACAAUACCAACUCCAGCGCGGCGGAGCGAAGAGGAGGAAGAGGCCGCAGGCCACGAGGCCGGCCACCGGGGUCAAAGAACAAGCCAAAACAACCGCUAGUGGUUAAGGAGGAGCUCCCAAACGCCCUUCAAAGUCAUAUUCUAGAGAUCAGCGACGGAGCAGACGUGGCUGAUUCCCUUUCCACUUUUGCAACCCGUCGCCACCGUGGCGUUGCCGUGCUAAGCGGAACCGGCACUGUCACUGACGUCAAUCUCGGGCAGCCCGCGGCGCCCGGAGGCAUCGUUUCACUCCAAGGAACUUUCCAGAUCCUUUCCCUCUCCGGUGCGAUUCUUCCCCCGCCAUCGCCGCCGAGCUCCACCGGACUAACGGUUUACCUCGCCGGAGUUCAAGGGGAGGUGGUUGGCGGUAGGGUGGUAGGACCGCUGGUGGCUUGUGGACCAGUGAUGGUGGUUGCAGCAACGUUUGCUAAUGCCACGUAUGAAAGGCUACCGUUUGAGGAAGAAGAAGAAGAAGAAGAUGAGGAAGAAGAUGGAGUGAUGCGGGUGCAGGUGGAGCCGCAGCAGGAGCAACAAUCUGGUGUAAACGAAGGUUGUACUGAACCACCUGAACCACCACCACAACCACCACAGGUUUACAGUAAUGCUCGUUCCGGUUUGUUCUCCGAUAACAGUGAAAUGGUGACGCAUGAUGAUGUAUUUUGGUAAUUGGAAGCAUGGAGGUUAACUUUAUGUCUUUAACUAAUAAUUAAUUGAAGUAAAAAUUUAUAUACAAUUAUGUACGGAUCUUAUCCGACGGUGAAAUCCCACGGAAUUAGUCAUUAAAAUAUUUGGGUU